UAGAAGGCAAUUCUUGAUUCCUAUUAACACAAAGGAACCCUUGAGUUGCAGGUAAAUAGGUUUUCUGCAACAUAGAGAUGGAUCUGAAUCUUCCCUGGUGGCAGGUUCUAAGCUUUGUGGGUGUCAUAUUGAUGGCUGUAUUGGUGAAUAUCGUGGUGAAAAUAUGGUGGGUGCCUCUUCGCACACAGAAGUUCCUUCGAAAUCAGGGCAUUCAUGGACCUCCAUACAAGCUGUUUUAUGGAAGCACCAAAGAAUUACUCGAAAUUAAGAAGCACGCCAAAUUGACAUCCUUAAAGAUCACGCCCCACGAUAUCACACCUCUAGUUGUUCCACAUAUUGAUGUUUGGGUGAAACAAUAUGGCAGGAUAUUUGUGUAUUGGUUGGGCACUGCACCAAAGAUUGUUGUUGAUGACCCAGAGAUUAUGAAGCAGAUUCUGUCCAACAAGUCUGAGCAUUACGAGAAACCUGAGCUCAAUAUUCAAUUGAGACGCUUACUUGGUUAUGGCCUUGCGAGCUCCAACGGAGAGAAAUGGGCUGGUCAAAGAAGGCUUCUUACUCCGGCCUUUCAUUUAGAAAGUUUGAAGUCAAUGGUUCCAGUUAUGGCAGCCAGCACCGCAAAAAUGUUGGAGAAAUGGAGAAAUGCAAUUGGUGAGGGUGUGAAAGAAAUUGAGGUGUCAGAAGAAUUUCCAUGCCUUACUGCAGAUGUGAUAGCCAGGACGGCUUUUGGGUCUAGUUUUGAGGAAGGAAAACGUAUAUUUCACAUGCUAGCUGAAUUGGCCACUCUCGCUGGUAAAAGUUUUGGGAAAAUAUAUUUUCCAGGCUCGAGGUUCCUGCCCAUUCCAAGUAAUUUGAGGUCUAGGAAGUUAGACAUGGAUAUUCAAAAAUCGUUGACAGAGAUAAUCUUUAAUCGUCAAAAGAACGUUGAGAUGAGGAAAUGUGAUAGCUAUGGCAGUGACAUUUUGGGCCUGAUGAUGGAUGCUUAUAAGAACAAACUAAAGGACAAAAAGGAUUUUCUGAGCUUAUCUCUUCAAGACAUGAUUGAUGAGUGCAAGACUUUCUUUAUUGCAGGGAGUCAAACUACUGCCACUUUACUUACAUGGACACUCAUUCUAUUAGGAAUGCACACGGAUUGGCAAGAUCAAGCAAGGGAGGAAGUGCUUAAUAUUUUUAAUAAAGACAUUCCAAAAUUUGAUGCCCUCUCUCGCUUAAAACUAGUGAACAUGAUUUUGUAUGAGGUGUUAAGGCUUUAUCCUCCAUCAAUAAUUUCAUCACGAAAGGCUUACAAAAAUAUGCAACUUGGGAAUUUGACUAUUCCAACAGGCAUAGAACUUGUACUACCCACAAUUAUGGUGCACCAUGAUGUACAGUUGUGGGGAAAAGAUUCGAAGGAGUUCAAUCCCCUAAGGUUUAGUGAAGGGAUUUCAAAGGCCUCUACCCAUCCUAAUGCAUUCAUAGGUUUUGGGUUUGGACCCAGAACUUGUAUGGGCCAAAAUUUUGCAUUGAUUGAAGCCAAGGUGAUACUCAUAAUGAUCUUGCAACAUUUCUCUUUCUCCAUCUCGCCCACCUAUAGCCAUGCCCCUGCAUUUGUUUUCACUAUUCUCCCACAACAUGGAGCUCAAAUUAUGUUUCAAGAGUUACAAAAUUAAGGCUUCUUUCCAUUUUUGUUUAAUCUAUAGAUAUGAUUAAAUAAAAUUAUGCACUUACCUAAG